AUGCCUGGAAACUGCCUUGCAAGGUCAGCUGGGGGGGGGGGGGCUGUGGAAGAAGCCCCACUGCAGAGGCUCCUGUCCAGGGUGGGGGCGGUGUGCUCACUCUCACAGGAGGAAAUAAAGGUCAACUUACCUUGAUGGCUUGAAAAGAGGAGGGGGCAAGUUCCUGGAGGAGGAGAGGGCUAUUGAUGGCUCUUCUGUUCCUCCAUAGUUGGAGGUAGCUAUUCUUCCAGUAGCUGGAAACCGCAAGAGAAGGGAGAGGGCGCUUGUGCUCGGAUCCUGCUUGCGGGAUUGGGGGCAUCUGGUUAGCCUCUGUGCGAACUGGAUGCCGGACUAGACGGGCCACUAGCCUGAUCCUGCAUUCCAGCUCUUGUUCGGUCCUUGUGGAACCUCCAGUCCCAGAGGCAGUCUAUCGCCAUUCCUAGGCUCUUGGGGGUAUUUGGCCACAGUGAGAGCCAGAUGCUAGACUACGUGGCGCCCCUUUGGCCUGAUCCAGCGGGGCUCUUCUCGUGUCCCUUUAUAUUAUUAUUAUUAUUAAUUUAUUAUUUAUACCCCACCCAUCUGGCUGGGUUUCCCCAGCCACUUUGGGCGGCUUCCAACAAAACACUAAAAUACAAUAACCUAUUAAACAUUAAAAGCUUCCCUAAACAGGUCUGCCUUCAGAUGUCUUCUAAAAGUCCGGUAGUUAUUUUUCUCUUUGACAUCUGGUGGGAGGGCAUUCCACAGGGCAGGUGCCACCACCGAGAAGGCCCUCUGCCUGGUUUCCUGUAGCUUGGCUUCUCGCAAUGAGGGAACCGCCAGAAGGUCCUCAGAGCUGGACCUCAGUGUCCGGGCAGAACAAUGGGGGUGGAGGCGCUCCUUCAGGUAUUAACUAUGUUAACGAGGCACCUGUUACCUGCAGAGAGGAAACUGAGGCAGGCGACUUAGCAGCCAGGCCCUGGAGUGAAUCACGGGAAGAGGCGAUGCCUUCCCAGUGCUGCCGUUCGCUGAGCUGCUUCUUCUUCCCUCCCCUCCUUUCUUGUCUCUCAGUGCUGGGACUCUGCCUGCUUUGGAUCCAGGGCCGUACGAAGCACUGCCGCCACCACCGCCUCCUCCUCUUCUUCCCGGGACUACCUGUCCCGUUAGCCUCCUCGCUCUCCCAAGCCUUCGCCCUCCAUCUCUGCGCUGCUGCUGCUGCCUCCUUCCUCCUCGUCUCCCUCCCCGGAAAGAAGCUUUGCAGGAGCGUUGCUACCAGGCGGGCAACGUACAGGAGACUCUGGCGCCGGUCGGUUGCUUCUCCCUGGCACCGGCCGAGAGCCCCUCACUCCUCCUGGCCACCCCUGUGACUCUUGGUGGCUUUGAGGUCAGUGGGCUCUGUGCUGACAGCGACGGCAGGAGAAGGAGAUCCACAAAAGAGUCCGAGAAGGGGGGUGUUGGUGUCACUAUGGAGAUAUUUAACUUGCCUUUCCCCCAGUCACCUCCCUUCAAGUGA